CCCGUUCCCGUUCGCCCCUGUUUCCCCCGAUCCCCCGCGUCCCCGGGACCCCCGAUCCCUCCGUCCCGGUCUCCCAUCCGCGGCUCCCAUCAGGAGCUCACCGACGCUUCGUAACUCGGGGUKCGGGUUUUGUCCCCCGCAGGCAUCUCAUCUCCAGCGAUGUCUUUCAUAUUCGAAUGGCUCUACAACGGCUUCAGCAGCGUCUUGCAGUUCUUAGGUUUGUACAAGAAGUCUGGAAAACUGGUAUUCCUGGGGUUGGAUAACGCAGGGAAAACCACUCUGCUGCACAUGCUCAAAGAUGACAGGCUGGGUCAGCACGUCCCCACGCUACAUCCCACAUCAGAGGAGCUGACGAUUGCUGGAAUGACCUUCACGACUUUUGAUCUGGGUGGACAUGAACAAGCUCGCCGGGUCUGGAAGAACUACCUGCCUGCCAUCAAUGGGAUUGUCUUCCUGGUGGACUGUGCAGAUCACUCACGGCUUAUGGAAUCCAAAGUUGAGCUUAAUGCRUUAAUGACAGAUGAGACAAUAUCCAACGUGCCAAUCCUUAUCUUGGGAAACAAAAUCGACAGACCAGAGGCCAUCAGCGAGGAGAAACUGCGGGAGAUCUUUGGGCUCUAUGGACAGACCACAGGAAAGGGAAACGUGCCACUGAAGGACCUGAACGCRCGCCCCAUGGAGGUGUUCAUGUGCAGUGUGCUGAAGAGGCAAGGCUACGGCGAGGGCUUCCGCUGGCUAUCGCAGUACAUUGACUGAUACUGGCGCGGACACGAGAGCGUUUCUCCUCUGGACUGAUCUCGUUCACAGCUUCCUAUGGACUUCUCUAUUAGAACACGGAAAGCUUUCCAAGCGCGUCCUGGCGUUGUCCAAGAGACUCCUGGUUUUCCGGCUGCCCUUAUGGCACAGUGGUGACACCACUCUUUUCCCACGUGGCGGGGAGGCAGCGCCGUUCCCGAGUUGUCCCUGCCAGUUCGGUGACAUCGGGGCUGCUCCAGCCCGGGAAGUCAAAACUCUGCACGCUGCUCUGUAACAGAUGAAAAAGAGAGCACGUCUCACCACUGUGGUUAAUCGACUUCAAAAACAAACAAACAAAAAAAAACAAAAAAAAAAAAGGAAAAAGCAAUUAUAUUUUUUAAAGAAAGUGUUAAUGUAAACAACGUCCCUUCUAACUUUUUAGUUUAACGUUCAUCUUGUUUAGUCCAGAGUCUGGUUUAGGGUUUUUUAAAAAUAUAUUUAACGGUAUUUAGGUAUUUCACAGAUUACUGAACCAAGGUAUCACGAUAUUAGAAAUCCUCAAUAAACAUAGCAUUUGGGCUUAAUUGAGCUGUAGGGUGGCUGUGCUGCGUUACGCUGACCGACGACGGCGAGGUGCCGUUGGGACUGAAGUGUGCAAUCCCAGCUUCUUUAGUUUACGGGGAUUUUUUUCUUUUCCUAGUUGGAGAGGAACACCUGGUGCAGGUGUUGGGGGUGGUGUCYGGUGGGAAGGGGCUGCCUGGUUCCCCUUCAGGCCAGACCCCWCAUUGAGAAUCCUCUGGCCACGCCAUGACAGUAAGAACCACAAAGCUGUUUUGGUUGUUGUAGCAUGGGAGUGUUUGACAUUUGCAUAUCAUGAGGUGAUUAAUGUAGACUAAACCGGUUUCUUUUGUACUCUCAACGGACUAUUUUUUUGUCUGAAGUUUCAUCGCUGUCUGGCACUCAUUUUCAGUUCAAUAAAGACAUGUCUUUCUCCUCCAAAGGGGCAGC